AUGCUAACUUUAGAAGAUAUAAUUAACAAGUUUGGUGAAGAAUUUGAAUUUCGAAUCGGGUCAAUUGAAGUUGACACAGAAGAAAUAGAUUUUACAAAUGAGGCAACUAUAAAGUUAGCAGAGAGUAAGGAAACAUUUGAAAUUAAUUAUAAUGAACAAAAUGGGGCAGAGGAUCCAUUAAAACUAGCAGGACAUUUGGUUGAAGAUCGUCAUAAUAAUAACACUUAUGAUCCAGAAGCCAUUAAAAAAUAUUCAGCUUCAUCUGAUGAUAGUAGUAGUAAUGAUAGUUCAUCUGAAAAUGGUAAUGACAAGGAUGAUUCAGAUUCUGGGGAAUUGACAUUGAAUCCUGAAUUUGUUGAACUCACAUCAAUGAUGAAAACUUCAUUGAGUCAAGAAAAUGGAAUCAAUAACUUAAAUCAUACUAG